AAAUAAUGCUUAGAAUUAUUGAUUGCAUUGCAAGAAACAAGACUAAUGAUGACCCAAAAACCACGAACUGUGAUCUGCGUCGGAGACAUCCAUGGAAACAUAUCAAAGCUCAAUAAACUCUGGCUUAAUCUUCAAUCCGAUAUCCAAAACUCAGAUUUCAGCUCAGCUCUCGUCAUCUUCCUCGGCGACUACUGCGAUCGUGGACCGGAGACUCGAAAAGUCAUCGACUUCUUGAUCUCUUUGCCGGAGAAACAUCCCGAUCAGACCCAUGUCUUUCUUGCCGGAAACCACGACUUUGCUUUUGCUGGCUUCUUGGGUUUGUUACCUCGCCCUUCAGAUGGGUCUGAGUUUAAGGAAACGUGGAAAGAGUACUCAAAAAGUGAGGAGAGAGAAGGAUGGUAUAAAGGUGAAGGGUUUGAGAAUAUGCAUCUCCAAAGCAGGAGAUGGGCGGGAAAGAUUAGGGUUCAGUUCGAUUAUUCCGCAUAUGGAGUGUUGUAUAAUGGAUCAAUAUACGAUGCGGCGUCUACUUUUGAAUCUUAUGGCGUUCCUCAUGGAUCUUCUGAUUUGAUAAAGGCAGUACCUGAGAGUCACAAGAAAUUCUUGACCAAUAUGGUUUGGGUACAUAAAGAGGAUGAUGUUUGUAUAGAAACAGAGGAAGGCCUUACGCAUUGUAAGUUGAUUGCCGUACAUGCUGGUCUAGAGACAAAGAAUAACGUAGAAGAACAGCUUAAACUAUUGAGAGAUAAAGACACAAGCAUCCCAAGAAUACAACCUCUAACUGGUCGGAAAACCGUUUGGGGGAUCCCACAGGAACUGGAUGAUAAAAAGACUAUUGUUGUUAGCGGCCACCAUGGGAAACUUCACAUCGAUGGCUUGAGAUUGAUCAUCGAUGAAGGUGGUGGAUAUACCGAUACACCUUUGGCUGCAAUUGUUCUUCCUUCUAAGAAGAUUAUCCGCGACACCGAUAAUUUUUCCAAUUAAGUAUAUCAUGUCUUCAUAUUAAAAUUGAAACUUCUAGUAGUUUUUGUGAUUGUUCUGUUGUUACUUUUUAAUUAGUGUUUCGGUCUUUUCCGCUACUUGUAUAACUUGAUAAUUUUUUUCCAAAAUUAGAAAAUGGUAU